AUGGCGGCGCUGAGCUCACCCUUAGCUUUUGAGACCCCUGUGAAGAAAAGGGCAACAGGCUCUGCAGAAGGUCUAUCUCCACUCAAGAUGUUGAGAAAUAACAGGUCUGCUUCUCAAAUAAAAUGGUCAUCAAGCUCCAGCGAUGAGAUGAAAGAAAAUGAGGAUGUUGUGGUGAAGCCACCACUGUCAAGGAGGUUGGAUAUUUCACCCCCUCAGGCAAUUGGAGCUCACACAGACUCACAAAGGGAAUCCUUGACAAAAUCAUCCCCAAAGGCUGCUUCCUCCUACAAGCACUUUGUGCCCACAGGGACUUUUUAUAGCAAGGAGAAGCGCUAUCUCACUCCUCUGGAGAGGAAAGAACUGAAUGAGAACUGCAUUUUAGGUAAGAGGGUUGAAAAUCUCCCAGCUGGCAGCAAGAUGAACAUGAACAGGAACAGAAAUGUGAGCUCAAAACCAACCAAACACUUGUCCAGCUCCAGCCAUGGCAAAACUGCCCCCAAAACUCUUAAGGCAAAAGGAGAGACCACAGUGGGAAAACCCAGCAUGGGGAAAGAGAAUGUGAGCUGCCUGAUUAAAAAGAAGAUGGAUUCACCCUUCAGAGUCUUGAGCAUGACAGUGAAACCAGCCCUAAAACUCCAGUUGGGAGCAGCUUUUUUUACUGCCAGGAAGAAAUCUCACAGUAAAAAACCAGCUGUAGACACAAAGUCUCUCCAAGGUCUCCCCAAACCUCUGCAAGAAAAAGAUCAGCCUGGAUCACCACCACCACCUGCAAAGCCUAAUUCAGCUGAUAGAAACAACAUUCCUGAAGGGGGUGAUGUACUGAGGAAUGUAUCUGCACCUCAGAAACUGGAAAAUGAGAGCAGGGAGAGCUUGACAAGGUGCACAAACCAAGAUGAAGACUUGGAAAGUGAAGGGAAAAACUUUCCCCAGGAAAAUGGGAGCACUUCUGAUCCCUUCUGUCCUUCCCAUCCUGCAGCUACAGGGAAUGCGGAUGCAGAUGACAUCAACUCUUCUACAACCUGUGAGUCAGAUGAUUGCAUCAUCCUUUCAAGCCAGUCUCCAUGUGACAUGGACAAGCAAGCACCUCCUCCAAAUGCUGUUACCUACCCGAUAUUCAGUGCCAGCAAGAAAAGGCCACAGGCUACCCUGGAUGAACCAACUUGUCCCUUUGGGUCCAGCCCUCCUGCAAAAGCACCUCAGACCUCACAGAAGAGCAAGAAGACCAAAGCGCUCUGCAAGCGCUCCCGAGAUCAGAUGAUCAUUGAUGCCGGGCAGAAGCAUUUUGGUGCUGUGAUUUGCAAGUCAUGUGGCAUGAUCUACACAGCUGCCAGCCCUGAAGAUGAGGCCCAACACAUCCAGUACCACGAGAGGUUCCUCGAGGCACUCAGAUACGUGGGUUGGAAGAAAGAACGUGUUGUGGCUGAGUUCUGGGAUGGGAAAAUUGUGUUGAUUCUUCCAAGUGACCCAAAAUACGCCAUCAAGAAGGCAGAAGAUGUGCGAGAAAUUGUGGAUAACGAACUGGGAUUCAAGCAAGUUCCUCUGAGCUGCCCAGCCAGGGCAAAAAUAUACCUGUUUGUGUCCAAUGAGAAGAUGAUUGUUGGGUGCUUAGUGGCUGAACAGAUCAAGCAGGCUUUCCGGGUGCUGUCGGAGUCAGGAGCAGUACCGUUGUCCCCUCAGCUGGAGGACCUGCAGCAGCAGCAGCAGCGGGCUUGGCGCUGCUCCACGGAGCCAGAACCAGCUGUCUGUGGCAUCAGCAGGAUCUGGGUCUUGGGCCCACGGCGGGGGAAGGGCAUCGCCCGGCGCAUGGUGGACAUCGUCAGGAGCACCUUCAUGUAUGGCUGCUACCUGAGCACCCAAGAAAUUGCCUUCUCUGAUCCAACGCCGGAUGGCAAAUCAUUUGCCACCAAGUACUGCCAAACCCCCAACUUCCUGGUUUAUAAUUUUGUCUCUAACAAUUGA